AUGGCAGCCCUCGGCGACGAACUGCUGACCACGGUCAACAAGUUGCAAGACCUCGUCUUCAACACCAUCGGCAACGAUUCCCUCGAUCUCCCACAAAUUGUCGUCGUUGGCUCCCAGUCUGCCGGCAAGUCCUCUGUCCUCGAAAACAUUGUCGGUCGCGACUUUCUCCCUCGCGGCAGCGGCAUCGUCACAAGGCGGCCACUUAUCCUGCAACUGAUCAACGUUCCCGAGGACGACGAGGACUCUUCUGCCGCCGCGAAGCCCCGUGGCUACGAUGCUCCCCGACGCAACGAAUGGGCCGAAUUCCAUCACCUGCCGAACCGCCGCUUCAACGAAUUCGAGGACGUCAAGCGCGAGAUUGAGAACGAGACGAGCCGCGUCGCCGGCAACAACAAGGGCAUCACCCGCCAGCCCAUCAACCUCAAGAUCUACUCGCCCGACGUACUCAACCUAACCCUUGUCGAUCUGCCUGGUCUGACCAAGGUGCCCAUUGGCGACCAGCCCACCGACAUUGAGAAGCAGACACGCAACCUCAUCUCCGAGUACAUUGCCAAGCCCAACAGCAUCAUCCUGGCCGUCUCCCCGGCCAACGUCGACAUUGUCAACUCCGAGGCCCUCAAGCUCGCCCGCCAUGUCGACCCGCUCGGUCGCCGCACAAUCGGUGUCCUGACCAAGGUCGACCUGAUGGACCACGGCACCAACGCGCUCGACAUCCUGUCGGGCCGUGUCUACCCGCUCAAGCUCGGCUGGAUCGGCGUUGUCAACCGGUCGCAGCAGGACAUCCAGGGCAACAAGCCCAUGGAGGAGGCACUCAAGGCCGAGACCGACUUCUUCAAGCACCACCCGGCCUACCGCAACAUCUCCACGCGCUGCGGCACGUCGUACCUGGCCAAGACGCUCAACGGCACACUCAUGACCCACAUCCGCGAUCGCCUGCCCGACAUCAAGGCCCGCCUCAACACCCUCAUGGGCCAGACCCAGCAGGAGCUGGCCAGCUACGGUGACAUGCAUUUUAGCGGCAAGGAGCACCGUGGCUCACUUAUCCUGCAGCUCAUGACCCGCUUUGCCACGUCUUUCAUCUCUUCCAUCGAUGGUACCUCCACGGAGAUCUCCACCAAGGAGCUGUGCGGUGGUGCCCGCAUUUACUACAUCUUCAACUCCGUCUUUGGCAGCUCCCUCGAGUCGAUCGAUCCCACCUCCAACCUGUCCGCCCUCGACAUCCGGACCGCCAUCCGCAACUCCACCGGCCCGCGGCCCAGUCUCUUCGUCCCCGAGAUGGCCUUUGACCUGCUCGUCAAGCCCCAGAUCAAGCUGCUCGAGAUCCCUAGUCAGCGGUGCGUCGAGCUCGUGUACGAGGAGCUCAUCAAGAUCUGCCACACCUGCGGGUCCACGGAGCUGAGCCGUUUCCCGCGCCUGCAGGCCAAGCUGAUCGAGGUCGUUUCUGAUCUGCUGCGUGAGCGUCUGGGCCCCGCGUCCAACUACGUCGAGUCGCUCAUCUCGAUCCAGCGCGCCUACAUCAACACCAACCACCCCAACUUCCUAGGCGCCGCUGCCGCCAUGAGCCACGUCGUCAACGAGAAGCAGGAGCGCGAGCGCAAGCGGCUGAUCCAGGAAGAGCGCGAACGCCGCGAGCGCCGCCGCCUCAAAGAGAUUGGUGCUGCCAACGGCACUGGCACCAACGGUGUGGCCGGUGGUGCUGCCGGUACGGAGACACCCGAGGAGGUCGACGAGGACAACCUGAGCGUCACCGGCGGUGCCGGCGCGACCACCACGGCUCUACGCAAGGUGGCCAAGGGCGGCCGCAGCUCGUCCAUAGCGCGGGAAAACGGCGCCGGCCGGCCGGGUUCGCCGACGCGCUUCAACCAGCCCGCCAUCAACAACGCCAAGGACUCGUUCCUCAAUUACUUCUUUGGCAAGGACGGCAGCGCCAUCGGCGGCACCGGCCCCAGCGGCCACCACCACAAUGCGAACAUUGGCCGCCACGUGAGCCAGACUUCCGAGCCUACCUUUAGCCAGAGCAUGCGCCGUCCCGACGACCGGCCGUUGCGGUCGCCCAUUGGUGCCGGCAGCGACGAAUACGGCCGUUCGACCGGCCACCCUGGCGCGCUCGGUGCGGGCGGCAGCAUGGACCUCUUUGGCGCGAACGGCACCGGUGGCGAACCCGCGCUGACGGACCGCGAGGCCAUGGAGACGGAACUGAUCCGCGCGCUCAUCUCGUCGUACUUUAACAUUGUGCGCGAGUCCAUUGCCGACCAGGUGCCCAAGGCCAUCAUGCACCUGUUGGUCAACCACUGCAAGGACGUGGUGCAGAACCGCCUCGUCAGCGAGCUCUACAAGGAGAUGCUCUUUGAGGAGCUUCUGUACGAGGACGACGGCGUCAAGAAGGAGCGUGAGAAGUGCGAGCGUCUGCUGGAGACAUACAAGGAGGCCGCCAAGAUCAUUGGCGAGGUGGUAUAA